AUGCUGGACUCUUGGACCCAGCCGAGUGUCCAGUGUGGGCUCUUUUCUUGCUGGGAUCUCGGGUCUGGUGGUCAGCAAGCUUUGUCUCCUGUCACACACACAAAGAGAUGCCUGGAUCAGGACGCGUGGGAGGCCAGGCUGCUCCAGUUUUCCAGCCAGUCAUUGCUGGCCAUCGAGGAUGUCCACUGGCUGGAGGAAUUCACACUGGCCAUACUGGAGAGGAUACAGGAUGGCAGGGAUGAGGAAGAGCAGAAGGCUUUCCUGUACAGAUUAUUUGGCUUUACCCUGCGGACCUCAAGGAAUCUGAAACUGGUACAGAAGAUGCUGCCUGCCAUGCUAAACACCUCCCAAGAGGAGCCGGAAGAGAGGGAGGGCAUCGCCAAGGCAGUAGCUGUUGUGUCCCUGGGACACCUAACGGUGGUUCUGGAUGAACUCGAAGUGUAUGGCACUAAACUCACUGACAGGGACACGUCAUCCAUCCUCAAACUGGCCAAGGAGUAUCAGCAAAGGGAGUGGGGGCUGGUCUGCCACACCAUCUACCUAAGCUAUGGCAUGAUGAUGUCUGUGGCCAAGGACACCCUCUCCUGCCAUGUGGACACCAUCCUGGCCUUGGCCGUGCUGCAUUACCAGGAGUGCAUUGUGAAGAAGGACAAGACUCUGAAACUUGAGUACCUGGAUACCCUGACCCAGAUGACAAGCAUCCUGAGCACCCAGCUCAUUCCCUUGCCAUGCAAGUUUCCCCACAAACAGGACAUUGUGACCUCCAUGGCAGUAAGCACCACUCAGGAGGCGGGGCAGAGAACAGGGCGGAGGGAGGACGGUCCCCAGGGAAAGCCUCAGUAGGGUUACUAGGCCAGGCCUGGAAGAGAGAAGCCUAGAGUUUCCAGCCUUUUGUUCCUGCUGCCAUCCUUCUUUUCCAUGCUCCA